UAUACAUUAGAGAUUAAGAUGCAGAGAUUAACGCGGGGGAGGCAGUUGUAGGUGUUGGAGAGAGAAUGUGUUUGGAUUGGAUUGGGAGGAGAGAUUGGGAUGAACAAGGGAACCUUGCCGUAGUUGAUUUCAAGAUAAAUGUUGAGAGGAGAAAAGUGGUGUGUGUGAGUAAGCGAGUAAGUGUGUGCGUGCCCGACCGAGUGACGGGAAAGCGGAGAUGAAAGGUGGUGGCGGUGUGCAUUCCGGGAAGUGGCGAUGGAAGGGGCCGGUUGGGAUACUGUGCCUUGUCAUCUUUUCUCUUGUUCCUCUCAUUUUCCUUCACAAUGGCGCUCACUCUGGUGCAUAUCCAUAUGAUCAACCAAGUUCGACUACUAAUGUCCUUAUAGACAACUUGAAUGACCCUAAGAGGAAACAUGAGAGCAUAGUAAAUGACACCAUUGUAUAUGAUAUACUUGGAAAAUUACCACCAAUCAUUCCGCAGGGUUUGAGGAACAGUUCAAAUGAACCAUUUAGUGAAACCAUUGAUAAGGGCGAUACGGCUCCAAGUGGAACUAGUACCACAAAAGAAGGUAGUUUAACAGCAGAUGGUUUGCAGCAACCACCUAUCGAUACAAAUGAUGCUAAAAUUGGCACUGAUCCCCCAUAUGAAAGAAGAGAUGGUGUUGAUGAAUAUGGAAAAGGUGUUGUUGAUGAAAAUAGAAAUUCAUGUGAGGUGAGCUUUGGAACUUAUUGCCUUUGGCGUGCAAAUAACAGAGCGGAAACAAAUGGAGAAAAGAAUGAUUCUAUGGUGAAGAAAUUAAAAGACCAGCUUUUUGUUGCCAGAGCAUAUCUCCCUAGCAUAGCUAAAGUUCCUGCUCUAAAUAAGUUAUCUCGUGAAUUGAAACAAAACAUUCAAGAAUUGGAGCACAUUCUCAGUGAAAGUUCUACAGAUGCUGAUCUUCAACCGGGGAUUGAGAAGAAAUUACGUAAGAUGGAAGCUACAAUAGCCAGUGCUAAAUCAUACCCCGUGGAUUGCAGCAAUGUUGAUAAGAAGUUGAGACAGAUACUUGACAUGACCUCAGAUGAAGCAAACUUUCACAUGAAGCACAGUAUCUUCCUCUUCCAACUAGCAGUCCAUACUAUUCCAAAGGGUCUCCAUUGCCUGUCUAUGAAUCAAACGGUGGAAUAUUUUAAAUCACCUUUAAAAGACAUGGAGCUCUCUCUAACUGGGAAAUAUUUUGACCCCACUUUGCAACACUAUGUUAUCUUCUCCAAGAAUGUACUUGCAUCAUCUGUCGUAAUCAAUUCAACUGUUAUGCAUGCAAGAGAAAGUGCGAACGUAGUCUUCCAUGUGCUGACAGAUCUACAGAAUUACUUUGCAAUGAAACUAUGGUUCUUCAGAAAUACGUAUAAGGAUGCUGCAGUUCAAGUUCUGAAUAUUGAACAUCUUAACAUUGAUUUCCAUGCUAAGGCAACGGACUUAAAAAUGUCCUUGCCUAGGGAGUUUCAUAUUUCUUUUUCUAGUGUUGAUAACCAACCAUCAAAAUAUACUAGAACAGAAUACAUAACUACCUUUUCUCAUUCUCACUACCUUCUACCUGAGAUAUUCAAGAGGUUGGAGAAAGUUGUGGUUUUGAGUGAUGAUGUUGUUGUCCAACGAGACUUGUCUGCCCUAUGGGAUCUUUACAUGGGAGGAAAGGUGAAUGGUGCUGUUCAAUUAUGCUCUGUGAGAUUGGGCCUGCUGAAGAGUUACCUGGGGGAAAACAAUGUUGAUGAAAAUUCCUGCGUUUGGAUGUCUGGACUAAAUAUAAUUGAUCUGGCCAGGUGGAGAGAGCUUGAUCUCACUGAGAUAUACUGGAAAUUUAUCCAAGAGGUGAAGAUAGGGGAGAAAUCGGUUGAAGAUCAUGAAUUGGCUGCAAACUUGCUCACUUUUCAGGAUGUAGUUUAUGCUCUUGAUGGUUGGGCUUUGUCAGGACUAGGUCAUGACUAUUUGAUUGAUGUUCGAGACAUUGAAAAUGCUGCUGUGCUACAUUAUAAUGGGGUCAUGAAACCUUGGCUAAAUCUGGGAAUUCCAAAGUAUAAACCAUAUUGGAAUAAGUUUCUGAAUAGAGAAGAUGAAUUUUUACUUUCUUGUAAUGUCGAUGCAUAGCCAUCUGAGAUUACUAAGAAUACAAGGUUAAAAAAAUUGAGGUGUGGUUUCCGUUUCCGAAGGGCUUAGAAAGUGUACUUGAGAUAGGUUUCAGGAAGGUAUUAGGUCGUGGCAGGUUUGUAGCUGUGAUGAUUUUUAUCAACUGAUUUUUUUUUCCAGAUUUUUUCAGUAAAUAAAAGGACAGUAGAUUUUUAUGCUCUUCUGCUAAGGCAGGAGGACUUUGUGCCUUGGAGGUAUUGACGGUUGUAAAGGCGUUGAGGCUUAAAUUCCAGUUGGUUGAAAGAAAAAGAUGAGGAUCGAUAGGCAGGUAUUCCUUCUCUGUGCAGUCUAGCAACUGAACCAAGUGCAACAGGGCAUAUUAAGCAAUUUUGUACAUGAAAAGGCACAAUUGCAAGCAUUAUUUAUUUGGAGAAAGCUUCCAGUGGCCAUUGAUUAUGUAGAGUAUUCUUGGUUGAGAAAGCGUAGAUGGAUACUCAGUGAAUUCUUUCUAGUUUCCUUUAUUUUUUUUUUAUUUUUUAUGUUCAACUGUUUUUGUAGUUAGUGAGAAAUGGCUAAUUUUUUUUGACAAUUUGUAUCGUUCUAGUAGUAGAGAUAUUUAUAUGUUUUGUUUCA